AUGGAGAAAGAGAUCAAAAACCAUCGUCUCCACCCUGGGUGCGGCCCCCUCGUGCUGGAUGGCAGCGGGCAGCAGUUCAAGUGCCAUGCGUGCAAGCUCUCCGGCUCCAGGAUGUACGCAUAUCACUGCGCCGGCUGCAACGACUUCAGCCUCCACGGGCAGUGCGCGACGUGCCCGGACAAGCUGGGCUUCUGGGGCCACCCGCAGCACGAGAUGGUGCUGGAGCGCGAGCGUCCGAACAUGGGAGAGGUGCUGCUGGCGGUGCGGUCGGACAUCCACGCGGCGCUCAUGUCGACCACGCCCAAGGGCGGCUUCCUCCCCGUGUCCUGCGAGAUGUGCACCGGCGAGAUCGAGGGGGUGCACUACUACUGCUCGGCCUGCGGCUUCUUCGCGCACGCCGUCUGCGCCACGCUGCCCAAGACGACGCGCAGCGCCGCCCACGGGGAGCACGACCUCGCGCUCUUCAGCUCCUUCCCCACCAUGUGCUCGGCGUCGGAGUGCAGGAUGCCUGCCGUGUGGGCCUACCGGUGCAUGCCCUGCCUCGCCUUCUACCACAUCAACUGCCUGCCGGAGAACGACGGGAUGUUCACCAAGCCCUUCGGCGACCGCCCACCCAAUCCCUUCGUCCCCGCCCCGCCCAUGAUGGGAAUGGGACCACCUCCCAGCGGCGCUACGUUCAACCAAGAAAACCCGUUUGGCGUGGUGAACACGUACCGCCACCGCGGCAUCUAG